UACAGCGUCUGGCCUUAAGCGGUCGGUGCUGCGUUUCUGCUGCAGGUCCGGGUCCUGCCACUGGAUUCUCUCAUCGUUUUUUUUUUUUCUUUCUUUUUUCUUUUUUUUUUUGGGAAGGGUGAAUGUCGAAUGGUCCGGCUUUUUGUAACUGGGGACACAAACACUAAAUACUGAGAGAAGCCUCCGCUCCCUUCGCACCCUUCUUUCUCCUCCAAGGGUCCUGCAUGUCUAAUAUUUAGACAUGUUCAGCUUUAUGGAUUCCAGGACUGUACUGCUACUUGUAGCAACCCAAGUUUGUCUAUUAGCCGUUGUGAGAUGUCAGGAGGAGGACGACCAGGAGGAUGCUUUUAGCUGUAUACAAGAUGGACAGCGUUAUAGCGACAAGGACGUAUGGAAGCCAGAGCCUUGUCGCAUCUGUGUGUGUGACACUGGAACCGUCCUGUGUGAUGAAAUUGUCUGCGAGGAGCUAAAAGACUGCCCCAAACCUGAAAUCCCAUUCGGAGAGUGUUGCCCCAUCUGCGCUGCUGACCAGUCUCCACCCAUUGGAGUACCUGGAGCUAAGGGUCAGAAGGGCGAACCCGGAGACAUUACAGAUGUUGUAGGACCAAGAGGACCAGCUGGCCCAAUGGGCCCACCAGGAGAGCAAGGACCCCGUGGAGCAAGAGGAGACAAAGGAGAGAAGGGAAGUCCUGGUCCCCGCGGCAGAGAUGGUGAGCCUGGCACCCCUGGAAACCCUGGACCCCCUGGACCUCCAGGACCUAAUGGACCCCCUGGCCUUGGUGGAAACUUUGCUGCUCAGAUGGCUGGUGGUUUCGACGAGAAGUCUGGCGGCGCACAAAUGGGCGUGAUGCAAGGACCAAUGGGCCCUAUGGGACCCAGAGGACCACCUGGCCCCACCGGAUCACCUGGCCCACAAGGUUUCCAAGGCAACCCAGGAGAGGCUGGAGAGCCCGGACAAUCUGGCCCCAUGGGUCCCCGUGGCCCCUCUGGACCUCCUGGAAAACCUGGAGAUGAUGGUGAGGCUGGCAAACCUGGCAAGUCAGGUGAGCGUGGACCUUCUGGACCUCAGGGAGCUCGUGGAUUCCCAGGAACUCCCGGUCUGCCCGGCAUCAAGGGACACAGAGGUUAUCCAGGUCUUGAUGGUGCAAAGGGAGAGACUGGAGCUGUUGGUGCUAAGGGCGAGGCUGGUGCUCCUGGAGAGAACGGCGCUCCUGGACCAAUGGGACCUCGCGGUCUGCCUGGUGAGAGAGGACGUCCUGGACCCAGUGGAGCUGCUGGAGCACGUGGAAAUGACGGUUUGCCCGGCCCUGCUGGUCCCCCAGGCCCCAUUGGUCCCUCUGGAGCUCCAGGCUUCCCCGGCUCUCCUGGUGCAAAGGGAGAAGCUGGACCUACUGGUGCUCGUGGACCCGAGGGAGCUCAGGGACCCCGUGGAGAGUCUGGUACUCCUGGAUCAUCUGGACCCUCUGGAGCUUCUGGAAACCCUGGUACUGAUGGUAUUCCUGGAGCUAAAGGAUCAGCUGGUGCUCCUGGUAUCGCUGGUGCUCCUGGUUUCCCUGGACCUCGUGGGCCUCCUGGGCCUCAGGGAGCAACCGGACCUCUCGGACCUAAAGGAACAUCCGGAGACCCAGGUAUUCCAGGGUUCAAGGGAGAGGCUGGACCCAAAGGAGAAAUUGGACCUGCUGGUGUUCAGGGAGCUCCUGGCCCACAGGGAGAAGAAGGCAAGCGAGGACCCCGAGGUGAGCCUGGUGCUGCUGGACCACUCGGACCUCCUGGAGAGAGAGGAUCUCCUGGUAACCGUGGUUUCCCUGGUCAAGAUGGUCUGGCUGGUCCCAAGGGAGCCCCCGGUGAGCGUGGACCCUCUGGAGCCAGUGGUCCUAAGGGUGCCAACGGUGACCCCGGCCGUCCUGGAGAGUCUGGUCUGCCUGGUGCCAGAGGUUUGACUGGACGCCCCGGUGAUGCUGGACCUCAAGGAAAAGUUGGACCUUCUGGAGCUGCUGGUGAAGAUGGUCGUCCUGGACCUCCUGGGCCUCAGGGAGCUCGUGGACAGCCUGGUGUGAUGGGAUUCCCUGGACCCAAGGGAGCAACUGGUGAAGCUGGAAAGUCUGGUGAGAAAGGACUGGCUGGAGCUCCUGGUCUGAGAGGUUUGCCUGGCAAAGAUGGAGAAACUGGCCCCGCUGGACCUCCAGGCCCUGCUGGCCUUGCUGGAGAGAGAGGAGAGCAAGGUCAGCCUGGUCCCUCUGGCUUUCAGGGUCUUCCUGGACCUCCAGGCCCCCCUGGUGAGGGAGGCAAGCCCGGAGACCAGGGUGUUCCUGGAGAGGCUGGAGCGGCCGGUGCCACUGGACCCAGAGGAGAGCGUGGUUUCCCCGGAGAGAGAGGAGCUGCCGGCCCUCAGGGUCUGCAGGGACCCAGAGGUCUUCCUGGAACUCCAGGAACUGACGGACCCAAGGGAGCCGUUGGACCUGCUGGUGGUGGUGGAGCUCAGGGACCCCCUGGUCUGCAGGGUAUGCCUGGAGAGAGAGGAGCUGCUGGCAUUCCUGGACCCAAAGGAGACAGAGGUGACAUUGGAGAGAAAGGACCUGAAGGUGCUUCCGGAAAAGAUGGUGCCAGAGGUCUUACUGGUCCUAUUGGUCCCCCUGGUCCUGGUGGUCCCAACGGUGAGAAAGGUGAAUCUGGUCCCGCUGGUCCUUCUGGUGCCCCUGGUACCCGCGGUGCUCCUGGUGACAGGGGAGAAACUGGACCUCCUGGACCUGCUGGUUUUGCUGGACCCCCUGGUGCUGAUGGUCAGCCUGGAACCAAGGGAGAGCAGGGAGAAUCUGGACAGAAGGGAGAUGCUGGUGCCCCUGGACCCCAAGGACCCUCUGGUGCCCCAGGACCUGCAGGUCCAACAGGUGUUUCUGGACCUAAAGGUGCUCGUGGUGCUCAGGGACCUCCUGGUGCCACUGGUUUCCCUGGAGCAGCUGGCCGAGUUGGACCCCCUGGUCCCAAUGGUAAUCCUGGACCUUCUGGUCCCGCCGGUCCCCCCGGUAAAGACGGACCCAAGGGUGUGAGGGGAGACGGUGGACCCCCAGGCAGGCAGGGUGACGCUGGGCUCCGUGGACCUGCUGGAGCUCCUGGAGAGAAGGGAGACGCUGGAGAGGACGGCCCUCCGGGUCCUCUAGGUCCUUCAGGUCCUCAAGGAUUGGCUGGUACACGUGGUAUUGUUGGUCUCCCUGGACAGCGUGGUGAAAGAGGUUUCCCUGGUCUGCCUGGACCUUCUGGUGAGCCCGGAAAGCAGGGAGGUCCUGGUGGCGCCGGCGACCGUGGACCCCCUGGACCUGUUGGACCACCUGGACUCACUGGACCUGCAGGAGAGCCUGGCAGAGAGGGCAACCCCGGGUCUGAUGGACCUCCUGGUAGAGACGGUGCUACUGGAAUCAAGGGCGAUCGUGGUAACACCGGCCCUGCAGGCGCUCCUGGUGCUCCAGGUGCUCCUGGUGCUUCUGGCCCAGUUGGUCCCACCGGCAAACAGGGAGACAGAGGAGAGUCUGGUGCACAAGGACCUGCUGGACCUCCAGGACCUGCUGGAGCCAGAGGAAUGCCUGGACCCCAAGGACCCCGUGGUGAUAAGGGUGAGAGUGGAGAGGCUGGAGAGAGAGGACAGAAGGGACACAGAGGCUUCACUGGUCUGCAGGGUCUCCCCGGACCUCCGGGUCAAGCUGGAGACCAGGGUGCCACUGGACCUGCUGGACCUUCUGGACAACGAGGACCACCUGGACCUGUUGGCCCUGCUGGUAAAGAUGGUACGAACGGUCUACCUGGACCCAUUGGACCCCCUGGACCUCGUGGUCGCAGUGGAGACACCGGUCCAGCUGGUCCCCCUGGAAACCCCGGACCCCCUGGUCCUCCUGGUCCCCCCGGUCCUGGCAUCGAUAUGUCUGCCUUCGCUGGUCUGGGUCAGACUGAGAAGUCUCCUGAUCCUCUCAGGUACAUGAGGGCCGACCAGGCUUCCGGAAAUCUCCGUCAGCAUGAUGCUGAGGUCGACGCCACUCUCAAGUCUCUCAACAACCAGAUUGAGAACAUUCGCAGCCCCGAGGGAUCCAAGAAGAACCCAGCUCGCACAUGCAGAGACCUGAAGCUCUGCCAUCCUGACUGGAAGAGCGGAGAGUACUGGAUUGAUCCCAAUCAGGGCUGCACAGUUGAUGCAAUCAAAGUCUUCUGCAACAUGGAGACAGGAGAGUCCUGCGUCCACCCCAAACCUUCCAGCAUCCCUCGCAAGAACUGGUGGUCAAGCAAGAGCAAAGACCGCAAACAUGUCUGGUUCGGAGAGACAAUGAAUGGAGGAUUCCACUUCAGCUAUGGUGACGACAGCCUGGCGCCCAACACUGCCGCCAUCCAGAUGACUUUCCUGAGACUGCUGUCCACCGAGGCUUCUCAAAACCUCACCUACCACUGUAAGAACAGCGUGGCCUACAUGGACGCCUCCACAGGCAACCUGAAGAAGGCCGUGCUGCUGCAGGGCUCCAACGACGUGGAGAUCAGGGCCGAGGGCAACAGCCGCUUCACCUACAGCGUGAUGGAAGACGGCUGCACGAAACACACGGGACAGUGGGGCAAGACAGUGAUCGAAUACAGAUCGCAGAAGACCUCUCGUCUGCCCAUUGUGGACAUUGCCCCCAUGGAUAUUGGCGGAGCAGACCAGGAGUUUGGAGUCGAUGUCGGGGCAGUCUGCUUCUUGUAAAAGAACGAGGGAUAAAACAAACAAAAAAAGAAGAGAAAGAAGAAGUGGAAAUUUGGAGAUGAUAAAAGUAAAUAAGUAAAAUGAAAGAGGAGCACACUUCAGAUAAAGGAGGAGAGAAAAAAAAUCAAGACACUUUUUUAAAUGGGACGUUUUUUUUUUUCUAAGUAAAAAGUGCUUUUCCAAGUCGAACUCCGUAGGAUAUCUGCACUGAAUGGCACCAGCAACUGUCAUUUGUGAUUCAUCCAGCAUCGCCUCCAGUCAGCUCGCCCUCCCCCCAAUGGACACCCUGCAUUUUCCCCCAAAAGCCCCCUACUUCACCUACCCCAUAUUCAUGAACAAGAAGGAGGAAGUAUGAGGAGAGUACAGGAGCACACCAGGGAACAGGGGAGAGAGAGAGAACAGUGUGUCGGUGUUAUUUAUUUAUUGUCUAGGUUUGGAUCCCAGGUGUGGUAGGACUGAGUUUGUUGCUAAGAAAUUUUUUUAAAAAAGCCCGCUUACACAUAUUUUUAAAAAAAAAAAUCCUUAUCCACCAACUGCCUCUCUUACUUCCUCCUCUUUUCUAGUCAUCCCACCACUCCUGUAGCACAUCCACUAAAGAAUGCAUAUCUCUUUGAAACCAAAAAUUUAGCUACAAAGAAAGUACAGGUGCUUCUGUUUCUGCCGCCACAGUGUGUAUCGAAAAUUACUGUGUAUUAUAAUAAAGUCAAUGGUGCUAUUGUUGUAAAACAGUUUGUAUUUUUUAACAACCAGAUACUCAUAUGUAGUGACUUGUUUAUAUGUAUAUAUAUAUAUGUGUAUACAUAUAUAUAUAUACAGUUUCUCAGAGAGAGCAUUUCGCCCUGGGACUUUGGAUUUCAGGGUGAUAAAUGUCCCUGCUUCACGCGCCCCUCCUGCUUCUUCAACCCCAGUAUAUAAACAAAUAUGAGCCCCUGAUGAGUUUUUAAUCAAGAUACAACCAAUUUGGAGCAAAAUUUAUUUUCUUUUUGUUUUGUUAACAUUUGUUUUUGACAUUUUAAAGCUACCUCACGCUAAAAAAAUCAUCUUCACACAUCAAACUGAGGCCUUUUUCCCCUGAAUCUGUUUACAAAUCCCAUAUUUUAGACAAAUAUUAGUAUGAUCAAUAUGUUUUGGUCAGAAAAGCCCAUCUGCUGCCCCCCACUUGCUGUGACCGCCGACCCCCAUCCCUCUCUACUUCCUCCCUUCAGUCCCCUCACACUGGGCGGCCCUCUGCCUCGGCAUACGCACUCACACUUACACACAUACGGUAAAAAAAAAAAAGAGAUUUAAGGUGUGUUUGACUCCAGUUCUACAGCCAGCGCAGAGGGUUCCUUCAUGUGAGGUUGUGUAUAUUUUUAUUAUUAAUAAUAGUAUUAUUAUUAAUAAUAAUAGCAAUAUUAUAUUAUUAUUAUGAUCAUGACUUGUUUUUGUUACGUUUUAAUUAAUGUAAAUUGGAAAAUAAAAGACAAAACCAA